UAAAAAUAUAUCUAUUCAUUCUUCUGGAUGCCUCAAAAGCUACCUCCCUUUUCUUUUGAUCUAAAAUGUUCAUAAGAAUGGGUGAUGUGGGUGUUUAGUGGAACAUCUUUGUGUAUAACCUCUCCAGCCUGUUUCUUUUAACCUUUUUUAUAAGAUUAGAAAUAUUAUUGAAACCCAAUAUUACCCUUUUUAGUCCACUGAAGUUGGACUACAACAGAAGUCUUUAAAUAGAAACCGGUUUUGAGCAAAAGGGAUGUUCAUGUGCUCAUAAUUUUAUUCUGUGAAAGAAGGUAGCAGAGGGGUCGAACUUCAAAGCAUUUACUACAGAAGAAAGAGAGCAAUGAGAGCAAUUAGUGCUUCUCCUCUUUAUCUUCCCUUCUUUUUUCUUCUUUUUUCAGCACUGUUGUAUAGACCCACCUUUGCUGCUAAAAGGUCAUAUGUUGUGUACCUUGGAGCUCAUUCACAUACCUCUCAACUUUCAACCAGUGAUUUAAAUCGAGUAAGGGACACUCAUUAUGAGUUUCUUGCCUCUUGUUUGGGAAGUAAAGACAAGGCAAAAGAUGCAAUAUUUUACUCAUACACCAGACAUAUCAAUGGUUUUGCUGCCAUACUUGAAGAUGAGGAAGCUGCCCAGAUAGCAAAGCAUCCCACUGUAGUUUCGGUGUUCUUGAACAAAGGACGACAAUUACAUACAACAAGAUCAUGGGAUUUUAUGGGGCUUGAAGAUAAUGGUGUAAUUUCUUCGAGCUCGAUCUGGAAAAAGGCGAGGUUUGGUGAAAACACUAUCAUAGGAAACCUUGACACAGGUGUUUGGCCAGAGUCAAAAAGCUUUACAGAUGAAGGAAUGGGACCAAUUCCAUUGAAGUGGAAAGGAGCAUGUAUAAAUGGCGCAGAUGCUACCUUCCGUUGUAAUAGGAAGCUAAUAGGAGCACGAUACUUCAACAAAGGUUACGCGUCAGUAGUGGGACCCUUGAAUUCCACCUUCAAUUCCCCACGUGACCAUGAAGGGCAUGGGUCCCACACGUUAUCAACUGCGGGAGGAAACUUUGUAUCGGAUGCGAGUGUAUUCGGGUAUGGGAAUGGAACAGCCAAAGGCGGAUCACCCAAUUCCAGAGUUGUAGCAUACAAAGUUUGCUUUCCACCUGUGAAUGGAAACGAGUGUUUUGAUGCAGAUAUUUUAGCAGCAUUUGAUAUGGCAAUUCAUGAUGGUGUAGAUGUGUUGUCUGUAUCUCUUGGUGGUGAUGCUGUCCCCUUUUUUAAUGAUAGUGUUGCUAUUGGCUCUUUUCAUGCUGUUAAAAACGGGAUUGUUGUUGUUUGUUCUGCGGGAAAUUCGGGACCUGAUGAUGGUACCGUGUCUAAUGUUGCCACGUGGCAGAUUACGGUUGGUGCUAGCACCAUGGAUCGACAGUUCCCGAGUUAUGCUGUUCUUGGGAAUAACAUGCGCUUCAAGGGUGAAAGUCUGUCUGCUAAAUCAUUACCAAAAAACAAAUUCUUUCCGAUUAUAAGCUCUUUAGAUGCGAAAGCAGCUAAAGCAGAUGCCAAAGACGCGCAGCUUUGUAAGGCGGGAUCACUGGAUCCAAAAAAAGCAAAAGGGAAAAUCUUGGUUUGUCUACGUGGCGAUAAUGCCAGGGUGGACAAAGGGCAGGAAGCGGCUUUAGCUGGUGCUGUUGGAAUGGUUCUUGCGAAUAAUCUUCUUUCUGGAAAUGAAAUUAUUGCAGAUCCUCAUGUCUUUCCUGCUACACAUAUUACUUACACUGAUGGUCUUGCUGUUUAUAAUUUUCUCAACUCCACCAAGAAUCCAAUGGCUUACAUUUCACAUCCAUCAACUAAAUUGGACACAAAGCCAGCUCCUUUCAUGGCAGCUUUCUCAUCCAAAGGACCUAACACUAUUACCCCACAGAUUCUUAAGCCAGAUAUAACUGCACCCGGUGUAAGUAUAAUAGCAGCUUACACAGAAUCACAAGGCCCCACAAAUCAAGAUUUUGACACACGUCGUGUUCAAUACAAUUGCGUAUCAGGCACUUCCAUGUCAUGCCCUCAUGUUUCUGGAAUCGUUGGCCUUCUGAAAACCCUACAUCCAGAUUGGAGCCCAGCCGCCAUUAAAUCCGCCAUCAUGACCUCAGCAAGAACACGGGACAAUGCGGUAGAACCAAUUACGAACGCAUCACACACAAGAGCAACACCGUUUAGCUAUGGAGCAGGACACGUGCAACCAAACAGAGCCAUGGACCCUGGUUUGGUUUAUGAUUUGACCACGGUUGACUAUCUUGACUUGUUAUGUGCACUUGGGUACACUAAAUCUCAAAUUGAAAAGUUUUCGGAAACACCGUAUAAAUGUCCAAAUAAGAACAUUAGUCUUACAGACUUUAAUUAUCCAUCAAUCACUGUGCCUAAUCUUAAUGGCUCCAUCACGGUGGCUCGAACUGUUAAGAAUGUGGGUGCACCGGGGACCUAUGUGGUUCAAGUGUUUAAGCCGAGGGGUAUAUCGGUCCAGGUUAGGCCAAAAAGUUUGAAGUUUGAAAAGAUUGGUGAGGAGAAAAGGUUUAGGGUUACUUUGAAGUCGAAGAAGGGUAGUGGGGGUAGGGAUUAUGUUUUUGGACAAUUAAAAUGGUCAGAUGGAAAGCAUUAUGUGAGGAGUCCUAUUGUUGUUAAGACCAUAUGAUUGUGUGGUGGGAAUAUUAUUUCAGGAAAAUAAUUCUUGAAUAUUAUUAUUGGGAUUUAUGAAAUUUAUUUAUUUGGUUAUCA